AACUCGGAGAGUUCAGUGGGUUCAAAAUGUAUUUGUCUGAACACUCUCAGUGGGAAAUGAACAAGGUGACGAUAGUGUGUGUGGACACACACACACACACACAUGCGUACACACACACACACACACACACACACACACAUGUACACACACACGUACUUAGUGACUUUGUCCUCUCCCUCCUUGAUGGUUGCCCUCCCUUUUUCAUUUCCCUGCAGCCUCCUCUCAGGACCCCCUCCCUCCCUCCCUCUCUUCACUCUGUCUCCCCCUGCCACUCCCCCACCCCUUGUUCUCACCCUCCUCUCUCCCUCCCUCUCUCCUUCCCUCUCUCCCUCCUCCUCCCUUCUCUUUCUCUGUUGCUCAUUUCUCUCUCCUCUCAGUUUUCCUCACCUCGGCUGCAAAGCUGUUCGCUUCACCUCCUCUCCCUCUUCACUGUCGCUCUCACUCCUCUCUUGUCUGUGUCAUUCUAUCUUUCUCUAUCUCUCCAGCUCUUUCUUCCUUCAUCCCCCCCUCUCUCUCUCUGUUCCGAUUGUCUCUUGACCCAUCACUAUCUGCAUCUGCAGCCUCCUCUCAUUCCCAUUCACACACGUUCACCUCCUGCAGUAGACUGAGCUGAUGCAGUGAGCAGCAGGACCAGGACAGAGUGGAAGAGGAACCAUGGAGCCCAGUCACAUCUUCCCUGCUCUGUCUCCCAACCAGAGUGCGGAGGGAGGGGGAGACUGGAGUGUGGCGCCCCAGGCAUGCCCCCUCAGACCACUGCCCGUCAUCUACUACAGCACCCUGCUCUGCCUCGGCCUGCCAGCUAAUCUGUUGACCGUCUUGGUGCUGUCCCAGCUGAUGUCGCGCCGUCAAAAGUCCUCCUACAUCUACCUGCUGGCCCUGGCCGCAGCGGACAUCCUGGUGCUGCUCCUGGUGGUGUUUGUGGACUUCCUGCUGGAGGACUUCCUGCUGAGGGCGCCGUUGCCCGCGGUGCUGCGGGACGUGGUGCAGGUGCUGGAGUUCUGGGCACUUCACACCUCCGUGUGGGUGGCCGUGCCGCUCACGGUGGACCGCUACGUGGCCGUGUGCCACCCUCUGCGCUACCCGUCCAUCUCCUACCCUGCGCGAACGCGCCGAGUCAUCGCCGCCGUUUACGUGGGCUGCCUGCUCACUGCCACCCCCUACCUGUGGUGGCCGGACCUGUGGCGCGGACUGUCCGCGGUGGGGCGGGCAGGGGGGGCGCUGGGGGCCAGGAACGCGAGCGAGCUCGUGCUGGACGGGACGCAGGCCCACAGGACGGUGGGGCAGCACGCGCUCGUGUGGACCCACUGCCUGACGGUCUACGCCGCUCCGUGCUCCGUCUUCUUCGCUCUGAACGCCGCCAUCGUGAGGCGCCUGCGCAGCCGCACGCACAGCCACGGCCGCCUGCGGCUAAGAGGCCUGGCCACCGGCCGCACCACCGCCAUCCUGCUGGCGGUCACCUCCAUGUUCGCCAUCCUGUGGGCGCCGCGCACCGCCCUCCUGCUCUACCGCCUCUACGCCCCCCAGCCCCAGAGCCCCCACUCCGCCCGCCUCCUGCACCUGCUCGCCGACGUGGCUAACAUGCUAGCGCUGCUCAACACUGGGGUCAACUUCUUCCUGUACUGCUUCAUCAGCAAGCGCUUCCGCGCUGUGGCCGCCAGCGCUCUGAGGGCCCUGCCCCGGUGCCGGCCGCCCCCGCCGCCCUUCUAUGCAGGCCACGCCAUCUCGGCCUCCAGCAGCCCCUGGAUCUCCCCUGCCAACUCGCAGCGUGUCCGGAUGUUCGUCUACCAGUAUGACAAACACGGGCGGCCUGUGUGCAUCUCCUCUUGAGCAAAAGCGUAGGAUACGGGAUUAGAAACAGGUCCAAGCUCUCUCACUGUAAGAAGUUCACUGGUGCUGCUGACUCGUUGUCACAUUACACUCUAUAUUCAGUGCUACUGAAUGGAAAGGGAAAAGAAUGCUAAUGUGCUAGACAUGCCUUAGCAUAUCUUCCAAGAAAUAGUCAAUGAUAUGUCAUACUGAUAUGAAAGCGGCAAUAAUAAUAAGAAAUAUUUUCAGUUCUUUUCCCGCUUAGAAUAGAGCUGAAAGCGGUGAUUCUGAACAUUACAAAGGUGCUGGCUACUGAAUGAACUUAUGACAGCUUUGUCUUAGCAGGUGUUUCCCUCUGAAGUGAAGACCACAUUGAUGUUCAGGGCUUUCAUGUGUUGGCUCAUCUUGCCCUCAUGCAUGGGAGGUUAAACAUGCUCUCUCAUGUAGGUGUUACGGAUGCAUGGGUGACCUUUUAGUCGUUCAGAGAGGCGUCCGUCCUCUGUGAAGAACAAAUUUAGUCAACUUACCUCCAAGAGAUCAACUGGUCCCUCAACCCUCUGUACAGCUCAAUGGGACAAAAAAAAAUCAAUUGGCUUCAAAAGACAGCUAUCCAAUGGCCAAACGGUGUGUAUGAAGGUCACAGAAUGUCAUUAUCUGUCACCAACAAUCCUCUUUUCACCUUUAAGUAGACAUCCCCUCCUGUUUCUCUUAAAAGCAUGUUGAGUCACAGUGGCCUAUCAGAUCGUCACUUGCCCACUGAAAAACAGUCUCCUAAGCUAUCUCACCAUGGCAACAAAAGAGCUCUCAGGCUGGGAAUUGUCCCAUGAUGGAUAUGAAGAGGUGCGAAGGUCAGCUAAUUUAUUGAAGAAAAAUAAAAGAGGGCUUGAAAACGGGAGAUGAGAUCAUGUAGUCGAGGCUUUGAAGUGAUGUAUUACUUAAGGACCCAUUUGUGUCAGUAUUUAUUUAUUUGAUUGUUUGUUUGUUGAUCAUUUAAUUAUAUCUUUUUAUUUAUUUGUAUUUAUUAAUUUGAGUGUAGCUUGCAAGUUUCAAAGCAACAAUUUUUGUGCAUUUCUGAAAGUGUUGUGAAGUAAAUGCCAGUGCAGUUUGUUGUGUUUACUGAUGACAUUUGAUGUCUUUGCAGUAUGUAGGGCUAUUGUAAGAGCUUAUCUAAUGUAGGCUACUACGUCAGCUGCUAAAUAUGGAUUGGCUCCUUUGAUUGACAUUUGUUUUAAAUGGCAAAGAAAACCAAGAUUAACUUGUGUUGUUUCUCAUAUGUUCAGUAUUUGUAUGUGGUAUUCUCAUGUUGACUUGUGUUUAGAUGUGUACUGGCUCAGCUCUGCCACGGUUUCCAUGUCUAGCAAUAAGGAUAGAAUAAUAGAAGCAUACAGAAAAAGGCUGUUACAAAGGGAAACUAGCACUGAUUUAAAUGUACACAAACUCUGGUGACAAUUCUGAUAACAUUGCACAAGUUACACUAACUCCACCAUCCAGGCUGCUUUACUAUCUGCAAUGCAGGAUAAACCACAGGGUUUAAUCUCAAAAAGAAAAAAACAGUCAAUCUCUUAACUUUAAGCAGAAAAAUGUCAAAUGUGUCAGUAUCAAAACUAUAGCUUGCUUCAGUAUAAAUAUAUAUGGUGCUGGGGUUAAUAAGAAAGGAAAGACAGCAAUGCUGUUACAAGUCUUUGUGUGUGGUAGGUCUUGUUUCCUACAAUGGCACA